GAGAAAAAGAAGGAGGAGGAGGAGGAGGAGGAGGAGGAGGUGGUGGUGGUGCUGAUGUUGAUGGUGGUAGGAGAACCAGCCUCUGCCAGUAUCCACGUGUUCAGUGUAGUAGCGCGUUAUGACCCGGAUGUUAGAUCGUAGCCGCAGUUUCGCGAGAACCUGCCGACCCGGAUGUCGCUCGUUGUUCACCGAUGAUCGACCACUGAUGUCCCCCUGGCAACCGAAAUAUGUUCAAUCGGUAAGUUACGGUCGCAGUACCAACGUCGCCGUCGUUCUCCUUGUCUCCGUCGUCGUCUUCGUCUUCCGGGUUGGAAUUCCCGAGAUAGAUGCGAGCAAGUCGACGAAAGGCGCCAGCAAACUUCGAAGGGACCUGAUCAACGCCGAAAUCGCGAAUCUACGUGACCUGCUGCCGUUACCGCCCUCGACGCGCCAAAGGCUUUCCCAGCUGCAGCUUAUGGCCUUGGUCUGCGUGUUCUUGCGAAAAGCCAACUACUUUCAGCAAGCACUGAAAAACUGCCCAUCCGAGUCCUCGAAUAUUCCGACACCCAAUAUAGGCUUUUCGAAAGCGAUGUCCGGCUUCAUCAUGAUGAUGACGCAGCAAGGAAAAUUGUUAUAUAUAUCGGAAAACGCGGCGGACUACCUCGGCCAUUCUAUGGAAGACUUACUCAUCCAUGGGGACAGCGUGUAUGAUGUGAUCGACAAGCAGGACCACAUGGUGGUGCAAAAUCAGUUGUCCAGAAACAGUCCGGUUCCUAGCGACAGGCGGCUAUUUCUCUGCCGCAUCAACGUGUCGAGAAAUUCCCGCCGGCAGUUGCGCUUCGGGGACCAGAAGGUGGUCCUCGUGGAGGGUCAUUUCCUGCCGUUUGUGCCCGUCUGCAAUCGCAACGAGUUCGUCUUCUUGGCCUCGUGCACGCCGGUGGUCCUGCCGGAGACCCGCGAGAGUAUCGUCCAAGGCGCCACGAACAUCUUCACCACGAUCCACUCGAUGGACAUGAAGUACCUGCAUAUCGAUAAAACAGCGGAGAGUCAUCUGGAAUACAGUCGAGCCGAGCUGGUCAACGUGUCAUGGUACAACCUACUUCACUGGGACUCUAUAAGAACGGCUUACUGCAAGCAUCAGACCGUCAUCCAGUCUGAUCAGGAACGUUCCACAACCGCCUUAUUGAGGCUACAGAGUCGCUCCGGUAGAUGGUUCUGGGUCCACUGUGUGCUGCAGGUCAAGGACACCUCCGACGAGUGUCAGCAUCCCAUUAUCGUGUGCACGAACCAAGUUCUCACCGACAAGGAAGCGGAAGUGAUGCGCUCCAGUUCGUGGCUGUACCAGUACUCUUCCCAGACCAAGUUCACAUACGGACUUUGUCCCGGGGGUCAAGGUCGCGGCGGGCUGUACCAGUCGACAGGGCAAUCUGGCGGCAAUCAGCCGCAGGACUACGUCCGCGCUGCGUAUCCUCACGAAGCCGACGCUCAGCAUUCGCCGUCGCUGCGCCCGGAUCGCAUCGAGGCAGAGUCGCAUGGAUCCACGAAGAGCACGCAGGCGAUGGACUAUCCCAGCAGGCGUCUGUUACUGCGGGACGAUGUGGAGCCGGUGGACAUGUCGAUAAGCGGCGUGGAGCAGCAGCACGAGGGCAGCCGAGCUGUCCAUGGUGCGGUGCACCAGCAACAGCAACAGCAGCAGCAGCAACAGCAGCAGCAGCAGCAGCAGCAGCAGCACACCUUGGACGACCCGGUGAGGUACCACAAGCAAUACCACAAAAGCUCGCUGCACUUGGCUGGCUAUAGAGCCAAGUUCGUACAGUGCCAUGGCCAGUACGCGAGUAGCGCGGACAUGCUGUCACCCGGCAACAAGUAUUACCUUACCGAUCUCGACCGAGACUACUGCUGUGCAGAACGUAACAGCCUGUUGCUGCACAAACGGCUGCCCGCGAAGACGCUGAUCGCGCCGUCACCCUCCGGCCAAGGCAGCACGGCCGCCGCAGGUGGCUCCGCGGCCGAAUCGGCGGAAAACACGACCAUGGAGAGCUGGGGUGCCAGCCCGGCAUGGUCGGACGCGCUGCAGAGGGUGCCGGACGUGGUGCACCAGGAGCUGAGCCCGUACAUCACCACGCCUACGACACCGGUCAACACGCCCGACUCGGAGCUGCACUCGGACGCGCCGAUCUUCAAUUUCGACUGGGCCGGUGAACAGCAUGUGCCCAACCUGAAGAUCACCUUCCGCAGCACAGCCGCUACCGCAGCAGCUGCCGCCGCCGCCGCCGCCGCGGCCGCAGCCGCCACCGGUCAUCCUGCGCAGACUAGGAAGCACCAGGACGUGCAACCGAUCACGCUACAGUUACCACGUAGGAAGGGUCAGUCCGCGGACGACGGCAAGGACUUUGCGAAAUGAAGAACUGGCAUUCGUGAGAGCGACUCGCCUUCUCCUCGUGUAACCGCGUGUAGUCUGAAGAGGGACACAUGAUAUAAAGCAAGGACUCGGCGCGUAGAAGCGCGACGAUAUCCAAAUAGUUUCUCUUCUCCUUUCUUUUUCUCUUUCUUUAACAAAACAUUCAAGGAUGAGAAAGAGGCGUGGGAAGGGACUGGGAUAGGGUCUGCUGCUCGAGAACACGAUAGGUGUGUUCGGAGAGAGAGUCUCGUUCACGUACGUGUGUGUUUUGUCACAGACAACGGAGUAUAUUCUUCCAAAUUCUAUCGGUAUCGCCUCUUACAUAAUCUCUAGACGCUCGUAUGUUUUUAAUCUUUUUCGCAUGCUCCCCCCUCCCCCCCCCUCUCUCUCUCUCUCUUUCCCUCCUUUUCUCUCACACACUCGCUCACACUCACUCACUCAUUGACUCACUGGUUCUCGCCCCUACGCGCACACUUUCACUCCACUCUUUCUUUUUUCUUUUUU